UGAGAUUAUACAAAGAUUUAAUGGAGGACGGGGUCAAGAAGAAUCACCAGAAUCUGAACAAAUGGAAGAAGACGAAGGGCUAGAACCAACUGCCUUGUCCAAAGACGAACACGAGCCAAUUAACAGGAUUUUGUACAUUCAAAACCUUCCCUCUGACGUCACCGAUGAAAUGUUGAGCUGCUUAUUCCAACAAUACCCAGGGUUCAAAGAAGUGCGUCUUGUACCUGGUAGAACGGAUAUUGCGUUUGUGGAAUAUGAAGCCGGUCAUCAAGCUGCCGUUGCCAAGGAUGUAUUGAAUGGAUUCAAACUUACCGUUGAUAAAGAGAUGAAAGUAACAUUCGCGCGAAGGGGUUAA